AUGUGGGUGCGAGGCGACGACGCGUUCGCUGCGGAUCUUUCUUUAAUCGAUUACCGGUAUUCGUACCUUACUCCGCAAGACCCCCCAAUAGUGUCAGUGGGGCUCAGCCCUUUGGGAAAUCCAAUCGAAGGUCAGCGGGCGCCAGUGUCAAUCAAUUUCCAGUCGCGCCCGUCAAAUCUUGCGCCCGUCGAAAGAUUUGACGGGCGCUUCCUGCUACCGCUUUGUAAACGGGCCAAAUUGGGUCAGCGGCUUGCCAGAAAUUAUCAACCAAACAAAUCUAGUAACAGACUAAUAUUGAAGACGAUCAGGUUGAUCAGACGAAGAAAACCCAAUUCCCCAAAAAUAAAUCAGAUCAAGACGCACACAAAACCCACCAGCAACAGAUUGGAGACAGCUACUUACCAUUAA